AUGAGUGCUACUCUUUUGGAUCUCGACGAUGUCCUCACUUCUGAUAGGCUUGAGAAUAGUACCACUGUAGCUAACGAGAAGAAGCAGAUGGUCAUAGGGGUGGACGGCGGCUCUUCCCAGCCUCUAGUCGUUAAAGGUGGAGAACUCAAUGAAAAGUGCUUUGUUGGUCGAGAGGAAGAGCCGUCCUCAUUGGCGACGGAAGGCAUGACUAUUAUCACACCGCUCGAGGGAACAAAGAAGCUGCUUAGGUUGCUGGUGAAGGCUGCAUUGGGCCAGGCUCACAGGAGACUGGUUCUGGUGUCUUCGGAAGAUAAAUCGGUGGAGCUUGACCGAGCGCGUAUUUGGAAGAUUCUGGACGACGCAUCACAGACUGUGACGUUCUAUCUCGGAGGGCUGCAUGAUACGGGCUUCGCUGUAGAAGGUCUUCAUGCUCUCAAUCGCAUGAAAGACCGCGCGUUGGCUGAUGGGAGGGAUGAGCAGGACCGGCUGGAGUUCUGGAACGACUACAAAAUCGUCUAUGAAAGGCUGUCGGCUCUACCAGAUAAAGAGAGAACCUGGCAAGGGGUGUUGCAGUUGAACCGCAUACAUGAAGUAUUCUCAUGUGGCAUCAAUGCUACUGAUGGAGGAAUCAUAGGGAAGCGGCAAAUGGAGGAGCUCAUGGCCACAGCGCUGCAGCUACAAGAGAUGAGAUUUUAUGACCAGCAACAGAGCUUAGUUGCAACUCAGCGGCAACUCAUUGUUGGGGAUAUUGUGGAGGAGAUGAGGAAAAUGCGCCGAGAUGAUCGAGCCAAGCUUGCUCACCACAUAGAUAUGCGUGUUGAUGACCUUGAGAGACGUCUGGUGUCGAAGCUUCAGCGUCUGCCGGCUACUGGGAUGUACACGGCGGAGGAUACACUUGAUUUCCAACAUCCGACGGAAACCAAAGGGCAGCUGCCUCAAGCCUCACAAAGUCUCAAUGAGGUUACAAGUGAUCCACAAUUGAGUGGUCUGCCUGCCACUGGUAUCGAAGGCAUCCGUGCUGAAGUUUGCCGGAACUUUAGAAAGAUUGCUGCACAUGAGCUCUCAGUGGGCAUCCGAGAUAUUGUCCAUGUUUUGUCCCCCGAGGUCGACACGCAAGGGUGGGUUCGUGUCCGUUUGCAGGGUGAUAGAGGCGGUACUGGCUUUGUGCCGGCCAGUGUUCUGAAGGUUGUCGAAUGA